UGGCGAUCUGUGAUGUUAAAUUCACGUGGAACCAAAGGAAACGACUUCACCGUUGGUUGAUUUAUAUUAUUUUGACAAAUGUGUUUAUUGGAUUUCUAUUGUUCCUUCUGGGAAUGUACAUUUCCUUCGCGAUUGCUGGUAGAUUGCAGUUGGACGAGAAAAAUUCCUUCCAACAUGUGUUUAGAACAAUCACGUUCUAUGGAUUGUACGUUUUCGUUCAUAAUUUACUGACCGUGAAGAUUUGUUAUAAUUAUUUUCAUUAUGCCGAGGGACCCUGGAUGAAUCUGAAACUAUUCUUAUGGACAAUGCUGGGGUUAUUUGUGGCCUUCGUUGGCUGUUUCAUGGCCAGCAUCUGUGUCACCACCGCUGAUCAGUUGACUCAACAAGUGCGUCAAAUCUUAGUCGAAGGUAUGAAAAGGUACUUUACGGACGUGACGUGGAAGCGAAGGAUAGAUAAUAUGCAGGUGGAGAUGCGAUGCUGUGGAAUAGAUUCCUCCGACGAUUGGCACUCGACUUACUGGCUGCAACGAGACCUUCUUAUCCUGGAUUCGCCGGAUAUCUUAAGGUACGCCAAGUUAGACGGUCGCGUGACGCCGCCGGUGGUGCCAUGGAGUUGCUGUCGAAUCGACGUAAAGGGUCCCUGCUAUCACGAUCCUCUUCAGCUGCCAAAUCCGGAACAGAAUUCCACUUACGACAGCCUGAACGCUCCGGGCUGUCUCGUCGCCAUGAAGACCUUGCUAAACGGCACGCUGUAUUCCGUUCUGCCGUUGCUCUCGUGUCUGUUUGUGUUGCAGAUUAUCGUGACCGUGUUGUCGCGGCUGGAUUUCACGUCUGCGAGAAACGCAGUCGCCCUGGGGAAUCGACGGGCUGAUUCACCUGGAUGGCUGUACGGUCGACUGGAUUUCGGAAACGCAAACGGACCUAAUCUUUUGCAGAUCGAUCGGAAGAACAGCGGACGGGGCGAUUCGAUGAUCGACCUGAAACCUCUUGUUUACUCCAGUGACACAGAAUGAAGCUAAACGAAGGGAACGUUGAGGAAGAAACAGAGAAACGGGAUCCAGCGGUAUCAUAUUUCUCCCUCGUAAAGAUCUUUCUUCUAUUAAAAUAGGAUGUACCAGGAGUGAUGGUAUUUGGGGAUGAUUCUGAGCGAAGAAAUCAAUUUUUAAUAUUCUAUGUAUUAAAUUUUCAAUCAUUAUUUAUGGAACACCCUAAACAUCACCUAAUUAAACCACCUAAUUAUCUUCUGUACACCCUGUGCAUCGUGCACCUAAACCAAAGACCUUAGAAUUGAACUGUUAACGUUGGAAGAGUAUCCCUAGGAGCUUUUAUCGAAAUGAAAAGACAUCGAAGAGUAGAGUGCGUUUAACGAAGAGCCACGAUUAAUGGAUCAUCGAUUACGAGACACUCGAAACAGCCUCGAGAGGAACAAACAAGCUAUCGAAAGAGGGAGAAACGAAAGCUGGAUAGAGGGAUGAGGGAUGGUACGAUAAGAUAAGACUUCAUCGAAUUUCUUUCCGCAAAAGUCCGUCGUCGGGAUUCAACGAUGGCUUUCACCAUGAUUACUGGGGAUCGGUUAAUCGAGUCGCGCCACUAGAUCGCUCGUUUUCCCUUCGUAUCGAAUCGACCGAUCGAUGGGAAACAGAAUGGGAACAAAAGAACGAUGGGAACGGAGGAAGUUCGAAAAUCUCGAUUAUAGGGGGCUACUUUAACGGUAUCCGAUGACGUGUCUUCCUUUGAAGAGGCAGCGAUAUUCGAUAUCCGAAGAAAUCGAGAAACAAUUACGUAUACGCAAUUUUGUAUAAUCAAUUUAUAUUUCUGUCUGAAUUAUUUACUCUCCGAGCUUAUUAUUUUUAGCCCAAAGUGGCUGCUUCGAAAUCUACCUGUUUUUCUUCGAUAAGGGAUGAAGGGACCGAAGGAAAAACCGGUACCACCCUCGUCACGUUCUCGAACGAUUGCCAGCGUUGUUCGUUUCGAAGAACCGUUGAAAUCCCGCGGUGAAGAAGCGGUCAGUAUGUAAGGUGAAAAAAGGGGGCAUAAUCGGGGGCGGUCCGCUCGUUCCGAUGUCGCGAACUCAAUUUAAACUGUCACGUAUGCCGGCAAGAAGCGACGAAACGAAAAGGGAUCAAGAACAAGAAGAUCCCAUAGGGAUUCGCUCGGUUCUGCUUCGUGGUUCGCCGCGUUACAGCUGAUGAGGCUGCGGUUUUCAACCCCUUUCGCCCGUUUCUUUCAACGAAGGGUCGUUCCUUUUCUCGCGUCGCGACGCGAAAGCUUUCUUGCCAACCGAACGUUCGAUAUCAUCCGAACAAUAAUCUCGAACGUGUAA